AUGUCUUUACCUCGGGUUUUCUUCGACGUUACUUCUGAUGGUUCUGUUUUAGGAAGAAUUGUCAUUGAGCUAAGAUCAGAUGUUACACCCAAGACCUGUGAAAACUUCCGUGCUCUGUGCACUGGUGAAAAGGGCAUGGGAUACAAAGGCUCAACCUUCCACCGUGUCAUCCCCAAUUUCAUGCUUCAAGGUGGUGACUUUACAAACCACAAUGGCACUGGUGGAAAGUCUAUCUAUGGAGAAAAGUUUGCUGAUGAAAACUUUGUUCUGAAGCACACUGGUCCUGGUGUCCUUUCCAUGGCCAAUGCUGGUCCGAAUACCAAUGGCUCUCAAUUCUUCAUUACCACUGUGAAGACAUCAUGGCUUGAUGGAAGACAUGUAGUCUUUGGAAAUGUUGUAGAAGGCAUGGAUGUUGUAAAGCAAAUUGAAGCCUUGGGUUCCCAAUCUGGAAAACCCUCAAAGAAAGUUGUUAUUGCGGACUGUGGCCAGCUUUCU